AUGGCAGACCCCUUGCAGCAUCUUCGUGGCCAACCCAAGGUCGCCGCCGUGCAGCCCUCUCGGCCCAGGGCCAGGCCAGCACCACGCCGCCACUGCGCCCGUGGCCCGCACGGCCCUAGUAGGCCCAGAUCGGGGGCCUCCCAUGGCUCCGCCGCCGCGCCGCCGACCACCGCCCGCGCCUCCGUCAUGAGCACCCGACGAAACACCGUAGGGGCCCCACGCCGGCCAGCCGCCGCGCCGCCACAGCCCGGAGAUCUCCCGUGCGCCGCUCCCCGCGCCUGCCCUGGCCACCAAACGCCGGCGACAGCACGCCUCCACCGCGCCGCCGGGGUCCGGAGCACCUCCGCGCCCGCCGCACGCUGCCGCGCCCCCAGCACGCCACCGCGCCGCCGCACGCCGCUGCACCCGCCGUCCUUGAGCCGCGCCCGAGCGAGCUCCCUCUCGCCAUGGACGCGGGACGGGAAGAAACGCCUCGCCGCCACCUUCCUUGGGGAGCGCGCGGCUUUGCCGGCCCCCCUCCGGCGGCGGCAAGGGAAGGGAGGAAGGUGGGGGGCCUCGGGCGGCGGCGGCUAG